UUCCUAGAGCUCUACUUGUGGGCGGGUGUAAUUUUUGAUUAAAUAACGCGUAUAAAAUAUGUUAUAUACUUAUAUUAAAAAUCAAUUAAUAAUAUAUAUCAAUACAUGCGGUAUAAAUGAGUAUAAAUGUAUAAUGCGGUCCACUGAUCACGCUUAGUACUUACACAGCUUCUCAAACUCAAUUUCGAUUCCGUAUUUUUAACCGUGUCAGUACAUGGCGUCAAAUACUAAUUAGGAAUUACCGAUGUCAAUAUCCAUUUUCCACUUUUUAUUACUCGUUAGAUCCCAUUUGUUGCCCAAUGUAGGCAUUUUAAAUCACUGAUUAAAAUUCGAAAAAAUGACGUCAAUAAUAAAAUUGUACACCUUGUCGGGCGCGCAAGAUGAAUCACCGCCCUGCUAUUUAUUACAAAUCGACGAGUUUAAAUUCCUGUUAGAUUGUGGAUGGGAUGAACAUUUUAACAUGGGUGUUGUCGAUAGAUUAAAAAGGCACAUCCAUCAAAUAGAUGCAGUUUUAUUAUCGCAUCCAGAUCGUUUUCAUCUUGGAAUUUUGCCGUACCUUGUUGGCAAAUGUGGUUUAAACUGCCCUGUAUAUGCUACUAUACCUGUUUACCAAAUGGGACAAAUGUUCAUGUAUGAUUUACAUCAAUCACUGUGCAAUGUGGAGGAUUUUACUUUAUUUGAUUUAGAUGAUGUGGACGCUGCUUUCGAUAAAGUCAUACAAGUAAAAUAUAAUCAAAUUGUUUCAUUAAAAGGUAAAGGAAUUGGUUUAAGAAUAAUAGCUUUCCCUGCUGGCCAUAUGAUUGGUGGUACAAUUUGGAAAAUAUCUAAAAUCGGAGAAGAGGAUAUUAUUUAUGCUAUGGAUUUUAAUCAUAAAAAAGAAAGACAUUUGAAUGGUAGUAGCUUAGAAAGAUUUAGAAGACCAUCAUUACUGAUAUUGGAUUGUUUUAAUGGUGCUUAUUCACAACCCAGGCGUAGAUCUCGAGAUGAGUCUUUAAUGACUUGUAUACUGACAACAUUACGUGUCAAAGGCAAUGUGUUGAUAGCAUCUGAUACAGCCGGACGUGUCUUAGAAUUGAUGCAUAUGUUGGAUCAAUUAUGGCGUAAUAAAGAAUCUGGUCUUGGUGUGUACUCAUUAGUAUUUUUAACAAAUGUUAGCUACAAUAUUGUGGAAUUUGCUAAGUCUCAAAUUGAGUGGAUAAGUGAUAAAUUAAUGAAAAGUUUUGAAGGUGCAAGAAAUAAUCCAUUUCUUUUUAAGCAUGUAAAACUCUGUCAUAACAUGGAUGAUUUAAAUAAAGUCUCCGAACCAAAAGUUGUAUUAGCCAGCAAUGGAGAUCUUGAAAGUGGAUUCUCAAGAGAAAUUUUUAUUGUGUGGGCUUCAAAAUCAAAAAACAGUAUUAUUCUUCCUGACAGAACCGCUCCUGGUACAUUAGCACGUAAUUUAAUUGAUAAGGGUGGUAAUAGAAAUAUUAAACUGCUAGUCAAGAAACGUGUACUUUUAGAAGGCAAAGAGUUGGAAGAAUAUAAUAUCAAACAUAAUAAAGAAAAAAUGGAAACCAGUAAAAAACAAGAAGAUUUUAUUAAAUUUAAUACAGCUACAGGAGAAAAAACAACUCUAGAUGAACAAAAUAAUAAAAGUGAUGAAGAUGAAGAAGAAGAUAUAUGUGAUCUUCCAUCCAAGUGUGUGGAGUAUGAAAUUGACAUAUUUGUGGCAGCCAAAAUUGUACCAAUUGAUUUUGAAGGUCGUUCAGACGGAGAGUCAUUAAAACAAAUUGUACUUAAACUAAAACCCAAGCGUUUGAUAUUAGUAAGGGGCAACCAUUAUAGCACUAAAGUUGUUUAUAAUUUUGCCAAAGUAUUCAUAGAUAGUAACAUUUAUACACCUAGGAUUGGACAAUGUUUAAACCUAACUACUGAAUCUCAUAUUUACCAAGUAUGUCUUACAGAUGCAUUUCUUUCCACAAUUGAUUUUAAAAAAGGAACAAAUGGGGACUUAGCUUAUAUGAAUGCUAAAUUAAAAUUAAAAAGUAAUGAUAAUAACAUAGAAAUUGACAAUGUUGAACCUGAAAAGAUGCCAAAAAUAGAUGAUCAAAUGUUUACACUUGAACCUUUGGCAGAUCAUGAAAUUUCUCCUCGCAAAUCUAUAUUUAUUAACCGUUUAAAAUUAUCAGAUUUUAAACAAAUCUUAUCCAAAAAUAAUAUACCUUGUGAACUUUCUAAUGGUGUUUUAUGGUGUUGUAAUCGUACUAUUUGUAUUCGUAAAAAUUCUUCUGGAAAGGUGUUGAUUGAAGGAAUUAUUAGUCGCCAAUACUAUUGCAUACGUAAAUUAUUAUAUAGUCAAUUUAUUAUUAUUUAAUAUAGCCAUCAUAUACAUUUAAUGCUGACAUUAUGGUCUUGAUAAAAUAUUUUUUAAAAAAUCUAUAAUAAAUAUGUCAUACUUCUCGGUAUAAUUUGUAUUCUUUCCUAUUUUAUUACUACUAUUAUGUUAUUAUUUUUAUAAAUGUCAAUGUAUUACAUUUUUAAGCACAAUGUUUAUUUUAUUCGUAUAUAUAUUAUUUUUUCUAUGCUGGUCUUAAUUAUUUGUAUAGUUUUCUAAAUAAAAAUGUUUAUUAUAAUUAUUGUACUUAACUUUUUCAUAGAAUAAAACUUAAUGUUUCACUCAAUAACAA